UGUGGUGUGGUGUUGCUCGACCGGCCUCAGCCCCGGAAUAGACAUGAGGUGGCUUGAGGACUGCUUAUAGCCCGCCUUGAUUGGCUGCUUAAGCGAUAUCUCCGUGUGAUUCGCUCAAGAGCCUUGGAGACGGCAAACAGUGGGGCAGAGGCAGCUCAAGAGCUGGACGGGAGCCCUGGGUCCACUCAAACCUUUUGCGGGAAGCCCAGUGGUCGGGUCCACAUCGCUCACUCGGGAGUCAAGCUUCAGUAAAGGGCACAAUAAUGAAAGGCACCUGCUCGGAAACAUCUUCACCCUUCGUCUGAGGUACUUUGUCCGGCGAGAUGCUGACACACACCCACCCAUGAAGAGCCUCACUCAGCAACUCGGGUGGGGUGGUUGAUGGCCGCCAUGGCCAGCCCUUUGCUUCUUUCCCCACCACAUGCAGCAGAAGCACCUGCAGUCAGCCAUUGUACCACAAACGCCCGUAUCCGGCGACAGCAAAACCCGAAUCAAUAAAAGAGGCUGUUGGUCAAUUGGUAGUCCGACUUUCCUCUCCCAGCGUCACACAUCUAGAGCAAAGGUGCAUAUUUGCCGGACCAGAAAAGGAGCUUUUGCCCCUCAACACAGAUACUGACCUGACUGUUUCGCGAUUGGCAUCAUGGCUUUUGUGUUAAAGUUCUGUGCCUUGGAACGAUACAGAUAAUGACAAUCUGGCUGGAUUGGCGUAUUACCGCUCCUCAGAUUCGCUCACUUCAAAAGACCAACAAGACAUAUGCCAACCACUGAAGAAUCGUCUCCGGGUGCGAACAAAUAGACGAAGAUUCACGAUAGCACCACCAGCUGGAUGGACAAGGCUGAAGGUUGCGCGAUCUUCCAGUUUUACGGGGCCUUGGAGGCGAAGUCCCAAUCAGGGUUGAGAAGCCGUAUUUCAUGCAAGGACUCGGAUCCACCCAUGCACUAACAGCUGCGGCUGCAAGCAUUCAUCCCACCCCUCCCCUCUUUCUUCCUUUCACCGUAAAGUGAUAGCGGGAUGAUGGGAGAUCAUGAGGGGCUGGAUCCCGUAACCGAUCUCUAGAAAGUUGGGUGGCCACAUUCCUUGCAGUGGAGUCUUUGAGGGAAGCGGUCCAGCCCUUCGACGAACCUGCAGCACACCAACAAUGCAGAAUGCUGACUUUGUAGAGGGUGGCGGAUUAUAUUGUGCCUUCUCAGUGGUUCAUUACAACUAGGCCCAUGGGGAAGAAGAUCGAGUUGUGCAUUCUAUGCAUUCACGAUAGUGCGAUGCGCUGAGCCUCUUCAUCCUCAUCAUUCAACAGCCACCCUCAAGUGAAACCUGGGUUUAUUGUCUUGUAGUGAUAAUGUUCAGCUUACAACUUUCGUUAAUUGUUGUGGGAUGUUUUGCACAACUAUGUACGGCCCAGGCUGCAGGAUGGCAAGAGGGUCAGGUCAAUACGACUAUGUGUCAAUGGGAGUCUCCACGAGCUGCUGUUGUUCGUGACACGCUAUACAUUGAUGGCGGAUAUCUCUGGUGGAAGCCAGGGCUAUCCGAUGGAUCAUAUGGAGCCGUCGUAUCCGAUGGAAAUCCACUUGGCCUUGUCUAUAUGCUAAAUUUCAGCACUCCUUUCAACACCUCAACGAAUUUCAACCUGACUGGCAUCUUCACCACGUUGUCGAAAGCUUCGGGUGGUGGAGCAGCAAAUAACAUCGGUCCACAGUACUAUGACGGAGCAAUGUUUGCAAAUGACUAUGAAUGGUUUACCUAUGGAGGGAAAUUGAGAACAACAGAUCAAUUCAAGGCUCCUGCUGGAGAUGCCGUUGCUAGUUGGCAAGUGUAUCCCUCUGGUCCACCGAAGGAAUUCAACAGCGGAUUCAUUCUGGGCACUCUGCCGAACGGAGUUACCAGAUAUGUUACCGAUGGUGCAGCUGUCAGUGUCCCGUCCGAAAACUUGGGCUAUUACUUCGCAGGUCUGAGGUCAGCAAGCUCUGGAUCAAUUUUCAACUUGCCUGGGCCCAGGAAUCAAUCGGUUAAUGCUGAUCAACUAUCAACAACAUUGAUUGAAAUCAAUAUGGCCAAGCAGGGGGGUGAGACUUGGAAGAAUUCUACACUUCCAACGAGCGUACCUGGUCGAGCCAAUGCCGAAGUCGUAUGGGUUCCAGUAUCAGAGAAAGGGAUUCUGGUCGCGAUCGGUGGAGUCAUCUUUCCAUCAUACGCCAACGUCAAUCAGACCAACAAUGCAUCAGCGACCGCAGAGAGUGAAAAACAAAGUCCGCUCUUCAUGUCCACGGUUUCCAUUUAUGAUGUUGCCAAAGAUACUUGGUACGAGCAGCAAACAACAGAUGCGCCUGGUCAAUUGUCGAGAGGAUGUACUGUUGUCGCAUCAGCUCAAGAUGGCUCAAGUCACAACAUUUACUGGUAUGGAGGUUUUGAUGGACUUCAUCCCGCCCAGCCGUUCAGCGAUGCGGUUUAUGUCUUAUCCAUUCCUUCAUUCAAGUGGGUGAAGGUUAACGACGGGACUCCAUCUCACGCACGAGCUGGACACAGGUGCACCAAGCCGUAUCCAGAUCAAAUGCUUGUAGUCGGCGGAUUCAGCACUCUAUCUGGAACAGACUUGACCUGCGUCGAGGGUGGUAUUAUUCAGAUCUACAAUCUAUCAAGCAACCAAUGGAUUCAAAACUACGACCCCAACGUAUGGAGUAAUUAUACAGUCUCUCCCACGUUGCAAGCAUUGAUAGGAGGUACUGCAACUGGAAGCGCUACCCAGACAACACCAUCAGGCGGGUUCUCAAACUCUUCGCUUGCAGGUGUCUUCACCGCAAAAUACGACACCACCAAGAUCGUCAACUGGUAUCCCUACAAGGCCGCAGCAGUCAAUACUUCCCGCCCAACACUUCCUCUACCGUCUGCAUCAAAUCAUUCUGGAACUCCAAAAUACCUCGCUCCUGUCCUAGGAGUAGUCCUCGGUCUAUUCUUCAUCACACUCAUCAUCCUCGCUAUCCUCCUCUGGCGCCGUAGAAAACUCCUCCGAAGCAGCACAGGCACGCAAUCGGAAGCCGGAACAAUGGAUAACAGGCGAUGGGUGACCAGCUGGCUGCGAGCCACGCCUGCUGAUGCAAAAGCACCGACUGUGACGACAGACGACACCGUUAGCAGUCCGUAUGAAGAUGAGCGGCCUAACGUCCCAGAAAUGGCUGGUGUGCAAGUCCAUGAAAUGAUGGAUACAUCCAAACCCGUCGAACUCCAUGAUACUGGCACCGGCUUCGUCGCCCUGGGCGCUAAAUCUAACGGCCACUCCCACUCCCACUCCCGCAACAACGACCUCGCCUCCUCCCCCUCCGUAACAUCGCAAACCUCCCAAGCAAGCAGCAUCUCGCACUGGUCGCAAUCCGACGGUACCGCCGCCGGCGGCCACCGACCUAACAUAUCACCCCUCCCAUCACCACGCGCUGGCUCGUCGCCUUCCCUUGAUGUCCAGAAUCAGGGCCAUAAUCGCAUUGUGAGCGGGAUCUCGAAUCUUAGUGAUGCGGACCGUGGCCAUUUGAGGGGGAUUAGUGAGACGAGCGUUAGUACGGAGGGGGCGUAUGCUACGCCUAUGGAGAGGGGCGAGGGGAUGGGAAUUGGAACGGGAAUGGUUACUCCGCAGGGUCAGGGGCAGGCGAGGGGUCAGGAUGGGAGACCAUCGGCGGUGAGUCCGUUGACGCCGCCUACGGGUGCGGAUUCUAGAGAUUAUCUUGCUGCUGGUGCUGGUGCUGGUGCUGGUGCUGGUACGAGUACGGGUGCAGGUUUGAGCCGCGGUGGUGGAAAUGGAAGUGAGCCGAGGAGCCAGGGAAGUCUGAGGAGUGAGAGUACGAAGAGGAGGAGUAAUUUUUCGGAAGGAUUGGAUGAGAAUGAGAGGAGAUGAGGGAGAAGUUUGGAGUUGAGAUUUCGACAUUGGGAUUUCAGUCAGAGGUCGGAACUCGGGAGGGUAAAAGGUCUUUUAGGAUUCAGUAAGCGAUGGAGGCAGGCUGAGACUUUUUAUGUGUAUGUCUAUACGAUUUAAUGACUGAUAUUGGAGGACCGGGAGGGGCGUAACUUCGUAAGCGGGAGGAAUCUGGGAGUCCGUUACCUAUUUAUUUGACGCUAUUUACUCGCGUAUAUAUAUCUUAUCCAUGCAUGGCUGGGCUAGCAAAGGAAGAAAUGGAAUGGAAAUACAUCUGGUAAUUCUUCUUCA